GGGGGGAAAAAUAGAGGAGUGAACGGGAAGAAGAGGAGGGGGGUUGAGUUGGGGGUGGUCGUCAUGGAUUCCUCACCAUAGCAACCGACAAACGUUUACAAAGCAUUGAGGAAUUUCCUCAUAUCAGCUGGAUUAUUGGAGCCCUCAGAGGACGGCUCUCGUUCGAAACAAUCGCUGGAUAUCAUCAGGACCCUGGCAGGGGCUGGAGCCCCACUGCCAUUUUCAUCUUUUUCCCCCUUAGUUUUUUUUUUUUUUUUGAAAAAGAAAGAGAGAGAGAGUGGGGAAUUUGUUUUUUUUUUCUUCUUUCUCCCCCUUGCAGUUCCAUUCUUCUCUUGUUCCUGCCUUACUCCCGCUCUUUCUUUCCCUCUCUGUCCUUUUUUUUUUUUUUAAAGAGAGCCUUUGUGUCACUCCCAUUUUUAGUUCCCCUUUACUAUGCUGUGCACAUUGUCACCCAGUGGAAAGCCGAGUGGCGGCAGUGCAUUUGGUCCACAGGAAGGAUUUCAGUCCUGUUGCAUGCAGAGCUCCGAGGGAGGGUCAGACACCACGACCAGCGUUGCACCGCUGCGGACGUCAUCUUCAGCUCAGGCCCCUGUUGUACAGCCCGUCCCAGCCUCCCAGCAGAGGGUGCUGGUUCAAGCCACAGGCUCAGCUCAGAAGGGAGGACAAGUACAGCAGCUUUCAGUACCCAGGGUUCAACAGGUCCCUCAGCAGGUGCAGCAGGUGCAGCAUGUUUACCCAUCCCAGGUCCAAUAUGUAGGAGAAAGUGGAGAGACUGUAUACACCAAUGGAACUAUUCGAACAGCCUACUCCUACAACCCUGAGGCUCAGUUGUACGGCCAGAGCAGUGGGGGAACCUACUUUGACUCGCAGGCCGGUGGAGCUCAUGUCACCACAGUGGUCUCUUCUGCCAGUGGUGGGGUGCCCCCUCAUGGCAUGGUGGGCAUCGCUAUGGACGUGGGCAGCAGUCACAUCAUUUCAAGCGGAAGCACCUACCUGAUUCAUGGAGGCAGUAUGGAGGGAAGCCGCAACCACAUAUCACACUCGUCACGCUCCUCCUCAGCUAUGCUUGAAAUGGCGAUUGAAAACCUCCAAAAGUCUGAAGGAAUUGCAAGUCACAAAAGCAGCCUGCUCAACAGCCAUCUGCAGUGGCUGCUGGACAACUACGAGACAGCGGAGGGAGUGAGCCUGCCCCGGUGCUCCCUGUACAACCAUUAUUUACGGCACUGUCAGGAACAGAAGCUGGAUCCGGUCAACGCAGCCUCCUUCGGCAAGCUCAUCCGCUCAGUCUUCAUGGGCCUGAGGACCCGCCGCCUGGGCACCAGAGGCAACUCUAAGUAUCAUUACUAUGGUAUCCGGGUGAAGCCAGACUCACCACUGAACCGGCUGCAGGAAGACACCCAGUACAUGGCCAUGAGGCAGCAGCCUGUCCACCAGAAACAGAGGUUCAAACCUCUUCAGAAGGUGGACGGUAUGUCUGACAGCCUGUGUGGGAGCUCUCAGCACUGUAACAGCACACCAGAGCAGUCUGUGGCCGCUCAGAGCCAACACCACCAGCAGUACAUAGAUACAUCCCACACCUUGCCUCAAUUUCCCAAUCCCGACCUGGGCACCCAGCCUCUGCCAGAGCGCAUCAACAUGAAUGAUAUCAAGAAGCUGCAGACACUCUACAGAGAUCACUGCGAGGCUACUUUGGAUGUGGUGAUGAACCUUCAGUUCCACUACAUUGAGAAACUCUGGCAGACCUUUUGGUAUUCAACACCGCCAUCUAGUGACGGAAAUACAACCAUCCCCAACAGUGAUGAUGACCUGGAGGGUGUGAUCCCCCGAGAGAAGCUGGUGGCUCUGUGUAAAUACGAACCAGUCAGACUAUGGAUGAGGAGCUGUGACCACAUCCUCUAUCAGGCUCUGGUAGAGAUCCUCAUCCCCGAUGUGCUGCGUCCUGUCCCCAGCACGCUCACUCAGGCCAUCCGUAACUUUGCCAAGAGUCUGGAGGGCUGGCUGACGAACGCCAUGACCAGUUUUCCUCAAGAGAUUAUUCGCACCAAGGUGGCAGUGGUCAGUGCGUUUGCCCAGACACUGAGACGUUAUACCAGUCUGAACCACCUGGCCCAGGCGGCCCGCGCCGUCCUCCAGAACACCUCCCAGAUCAACCAGAUGCUCUCUGACCUUAACCGGGUGGACUUUGCCAACGUCCAGGAGCAGGCGUCAUGGGUGUGUCAGUGUGACGAGAGCGUGGUUCAGCGUCUGGAGCAGGACUUUAAGGUCACCCUACAGCAGCAGAGCUCUCUGGACCAGUGGGCCACCUGGCUCGACAACGUGGUCUCUCAGGUCCUGAAGCCUCACCAGGGCAGCCCCAGCUUCCCCAAAGCUGCACGCCAGUUCCUGCUCAAAUGGUCCUUCUACAGCUCCAUGGUGAUCAGAGACCUGACCCUGCGUAGUGCCGCCAGUUUUGGCUCCUUUCACCUGAUACGUCUGUUGUACGACGAGUACAUGUUUUACCUGGUGGAACACCGCGUGGCUCAGGCCACUGGAGAAACUCCUAUUGCUGUCAUGGGAGAGUUCAGUGACCUGACCUCGAUGAUGCCGUCACUCAUGGAAAAAGACGCAUCCUUCUCUGAUGAGAUGAGUGACCUGGGCAGUGAUGCAGAUGCGUCCAGAGGGCCGACUGAACCAGCUGUGAAGAGGGAGAGGAUUGAAAUGAGCCACCCUCUGCAGGAGAUGUGAGUCCGGACUGAACAGGGCCGGACUGGAAGCCACAAGGACCAGCAUCUCUGCCUUAACAGGUGACACUAAAGUGACUUGUGGGGCUUUUUGGGACGCACACCUUUUUUUCUUGUCCCUCUGCAGUCAGUGUGUGCAAUGUACAUAGAGAAGAAAGUAGCAAUGUCAGUCCUCCCCUCACUAGUGUUUAUAAGGACAGUGAUCUUUCCUUCAGGAAGCUCACGUCAGGGUUUUUUUUUGUUAUUGUCUUUUUGGGGUUUUUUGUUUGUUUUUUACUCACAGGGGUGUAACACAGGUCUGAUUUUUUUCCCCGUUUUUGUUGCAACUGUGAAUGACUUUGUGCAGUAUCUUUUUAUUGGAUGUGUAACUUUGAGUGGUGGUAUGUGGUGUUUGUGAUUCUUCUUCUUUUUUAAAUCUUAACUAGCUGUGCCAUAGUGUCAUUUGAGUGCCUUAGAUCGCUAACUUUAAAACCACCACUACAGAUGUCAAUCUGUCCCUCAGCUGUGCCUCUACCGCAGUAUGAAUGUAUUGUCUCAAAACCUCAGACAUUCAAAGCACCUUCAAGAUUGAAUAGGUGUAGAUGUGUACACUCCUUGUUGCCUCUGCUGCAGCUCGCAGCAAACACACACAACAAAAAAAAAAACUAAAAAAUCUACAUGCAACCUACUGACCCAAAGGACCUUUCCCUCAGUCGUUCCCACCAGCUUAGCCACAGUCAUGGCUCUGUAGGGCCUCGUAGUCUCGCAGUAGUCAGGAAACUUAGUAUGUUACCAUGACUGUGUAAGAUGUUGGUUUGUUUACCUCAAUAGAUUUCUUUGCUGUUCGGCUCAGAUGACAUGAGGCAAGUAUUUAAAAAAAAAAUGUAGCAGUUUGUGUCUCCCACUCCUUCCUGUAAAUAGUUCUCCACAAAUGGCUUCAAUCCUGCGACAGCUCUUCUGUGUACUGUACGGAUGCAUAGUCCUAAUUCAGUGACUCCUGUGCAAAUCUGUAGCUGUUGGUAAUGAACUCAAAUAAUUGAUUUAAUGAAUAUUGGAUACUAAAACCUAAACUGGAAUCUGGGCUCAUUAAAAAAGUUGUUAGAAAUUUCAUCUAAGGAAGAUAUGGUAAAUCAAAAUACGUUAGAGCGUUGGACCUAUAAAACCAAAACUCUCACACAGAAAGAGGCUCUCAUUGGCAUCUGAGCCGGCACGUGCUCCCCGACUUCAGAUACUUUGACCUCAUGCUGUUUCUCAGAUUUAAGUCUUAUGUUCUGUUUGAAUUAGAUAGAAAUAUACAGUGCGUUAUUUGGGGAGUUUGUCCAUAAUAAAUUAUAUAUAUAAAUAUAAAUAUAUAUCUUUGUAUGAUGUAGAAAGUGCGUGCUCUGUGGCCUUCAGUCUUUGCCUGAUCUCUUUCCUCACACUGUACCUGGCCGGUCACAUUGUAUCAGUAAAAACUGCUUUAAUGUGUAAUUGAUUAGACUGGCGUGUGUGAUAAAUUUGUUUCCAAUCUCAAUUGUUCAGUGUGUAAAAUUAAAUUCAUACUGUGGUGUUACUGCGCCCAAGUACACUAUUAAACUGUCACAAGAGAAAUGUCUAUUUAUAUGAUCUAUUCUGAUUUGAUUGACAUCAGCUUUGUGUUGAAAUUAAUUUGGUUGAUUUAUUUUUUCCCCCUCGGAUGAUUUUGUUGUAGCGAUGAGAAUCCUUGAGCUUUGAGUUAUUUAAGGCUUUUUGUAACUUGUGCCUGUCACGGUAAUUUGCCUUUAAGUGCUUUGGAGAAAAAAAAGUAAUUUCUGUGUGUACUUUGUAAUGUUUUGUAAGGCUGUUUUAGAUUUUUGGAGGAGGUUUAUUUUUUAUUGAACUAGAUUUGGUUCUUCUUACAAGUAUACUGAACCCCAUAUUUUUGUGCGUUUUUAAACCCGUUCUUGACUACACUUUAACUAUCCUAAAGACAGAUGAUGGUCUGUAAUAAACUGCAUAGUUCAGCUGUAUUUUGUACUUGGUCACAAUGUGUAAUAAAUUGGUGUACACCAAAA